CGAAGGCGCGGUCAUAUGCGGGCUCAGCCAAUCACGACAGCCCAUUUUGCGGCGCCAUUCAAACAGUUGCCGUUCAAAAUUUUAACCGCCGGAGACUUGGCAGGCAAAUCCGCACCAGGACAUUUUAACUUCGAGAAAAGUUGUUUGUCCUCACGAAGCUCACGUUUCUAACUCGGUUUAGUUUCCUAGCAGCCGCGGUGUUUUGACGACGUUUUGGCUGUUCUUUCAAGCCAGUGAGACAUGUCUCGACUGCCGGUCAUGGCGAGCAAGCGGGUCCUCGCCAACUCGGAGAACUUUCCGGGUGGGCAGCCUGUUCAGAAGAAGUCCCGGAAGGAGCCGGAGGCUGUCAAGCCGCCUGCCGCUGCCACUGUCCUGGGCACCGGACGUGCACCCGUCACAGCAACCAGGGCACCCGUUUCCAGGCCGAUACGAGGUGUCGGAGCCGCGACGGUGGCCGUCGGCCCCUCCAGGGGUGUCCACAAAGCGCCCGUGGCGUCGACCGUAGCAAAGGGAGGCAAAAUGACAGCAGGGGUGGCCGCCUCGGAGCCAAAAGCAGGCGGCGUUGGGGGGGCCCCCCGCAGGCUCCCGUGGGACAUGAAGGGCAAGGUCAGCGACAUGAAAGGGAAGAUCCAGGACUACCAGAGCAAGAUGAAGUCUGCCAACCUGGAGCGAGAGAAUCUGAAGGACACCCUUGCCAAGUCGCAAUCGAGGGCGGCUGAGAUGGAGAAGGACCUCAGGUAAGGACACACGCCAGGCUUUUCCCCCGGCUUAAUUUGUGGCCGAGGUCAUGUUGCUUCUCUCUUGUAUGAUAUUUUUCUUUUCUUGUUUUCCC